GUGAUCAAUCUCCAUCCGUCUCCAUUAGAAAUCACCUUUAACAGCCUGACAGACGACCAGGAGCCCCCCUGAAAAAGCAAAUGAGUUUGAACCGCGCGGCCGUAAAAAACGCCCGGAACCGCGGCGAGGACGCGCUGAGCUGUCUGCGCCUUUUCCAUCCGUGAUGCCGCUGGCUUUGCUCACUCUGUGGUUUUGAGCAAGUCUGCAGACUUCCUCCUGCUGGAUAAUUUCACUUUGGGUCCGAGGACUCCGGGGGAGAAGAGAAAGGCGUUAAACGAGUGACUCGCUCCGCUCCUCCGCUCCGCCAAGCUGCAGCAUCGGGGGAAGCUGAACCACUGGCCUGAGCUGGGUGGAGCAGUGACCGCCUGUAGCAUGAUGUCCUACCUCAAACAGCCCCCCUAUGGGGUGAACGGCCUGGGGCUGAGCGGCGCGGCCAUGGACCUGCUGCACCCCUCGGUGGGGUAUCCAGCGACGCCCAGGAAGCAACGGAGGGAGCGGACCACGUUCACCCGCUCCCAGCUGGACGUCCUGGAGGCGCUGUUCGCUAAAACCCGCUACCCGGACAUCUUCAUGCGGGAGGAGGUGGCGCUGAAAAUCAACCUGCCGGAGUCCCGAGUUCAGGUGUGGUUCAAGAACAGGAGGGCAAAGUGUCGCCAGCAGCAGCAGAGCGGCAGCAGCGCCAAGGCCAGGCCGCCCAAGAAGAAGUCCUCUCCGGCCCGGGAGAGCACCGGAUCGGAGAGCAGCGGCCAGUUCACCCCUCCGGCCGUCUCCAGUGCUGCCUGCUCCUCCUCCUCCUCCACCUCGUCCACCAACCACUCCGGCCCUGCAGCUCUUAGCAGCACCUCUACCUCCAUCAGCACGGUUUCCUCCAUCUGGAGCCCGGCCAUCUCUCCAGGAAACGCCCCUGCUCCCGCCGUCGCCCCGCUCCCUGAGCCCGGACCCCCGUCCAACGCCUCCUGCAUGCAGCGUUCGAUGUCUGGCUCUGCAGCUGCCGCCACCUCCUACCCCAUGUCCUACAACCAGACGCCGGGCUACGGCCAGGGCUACCCCACCCCCUCCAGCUCCUACUUCAGCAGCGUAGACUGUGGCUCCUACCUGGCCCCCAUGCAUUCCCACCACCACCCCCACCAGCUGAGCCCCAUGACGGCCUCCUCAAUGUCUGGCCAUCCGCACCACCACAUCAGCCAGUCGUCGGGGCACCACCACCAUCACCACCACCACCAGGCCUACGGCGGUUCCAGCCUGGCCUUCAACUCAUCCGACUGCCUGGAUUACAAAGAGCAGACUGCAGCCUCCUCAUGGAAGCUCAACUUUAACGCCACGGACUGCUUGGACUACAAAGACCAGGCUUCCUGGAGGUUCCAGGUCUUGUGAUCAGCCUUUUCUGGGCCCCUUUCCCAUCCUGCUCCCACUUCUUUCCUUUUUCCAGAUUAGUUUGUUGCUUGUUAUUAAAAAACAAAGAGUUUAUGAACCGUAACGAUAGCAGCAGGAAUGCUCAGCAGUCGAACUGCUUUUUCCUCCCACCUGUCCUCCAUAUCUAAACAAAAAAAAAGAAAAACAACAAAAAAGAAAAAAAGAGUCCUGUUGAGCAUCGGGGAGCAGCUUUGUGACGACAAAGAGUGGCUUUAUAAAAAAAAACAAGUUAUUUCAACAAACUCCUUUUGACCAGCAGCCCUCUGGAUGAGAGGAAUAUUUUCCCUCUGGUUCACCGACGGGAACAAAGCCCCCGCUGUGCCCCCCUCCCCUCUUCUCCCUCCAACCCCCAUCCACUUCUGUACAGUUUUUAUUUCUCAAAUUUGUUAUUUUAGGACAACAGAGAUUUUUUUUUUUUUUUUAGUCAGCUACAGCGAGGAGCUGAAGUAUGUAAAUAUCUAUUUGGGUCAGUUACAGUGACCAUGUUUAGUCGCUUUCUUUUCCUGAAUUUAAGAUUGUUUAUAAUAACUUUGGGAAGAAAAAAAAAGAAGCUGUAUGUAAAUCUUUCUAAAUAUUCCAAAGAUGAUAAAUUGGCCAUGAGGUUGAGCUUUUAUUCCAAGGGGGGCAGAAAAAGAGAAGAAAAUUUGACAUGUUUUGGAUUUAAGGAAAAAGAGAAAAUAGAAAAUGCUUCUGAUCGGAUCCAGACUUUAUUCCAGCCUUUUCAUUUUCCAAGCAGAUCUCCUCUUUGGAGCUUUGAGAUAUGGGACGUUUGAACGGCAGCAGCACUUGGCUUAAUCCUGGAGUCAAAGUAUUUUAUUUUUUCUUUUUUUUCCCUUUUUUUGGGAGGAGGGGGGGAGUUUUAAUGCUCCAAAAUAGAGGGAGAGAUGUUGAAUGUAUCUUAAAAGCAACCACACUUGCAUACAUGUUCAUCCAAUAAAGAUCCCUUAAGUCAAAAUUAAUUUUCCAUAAGUGGAUUCUGUCUGUUAGAGCUUUUUUUUUUUUUUUUUCCAGAAGCUUGUACAAACCUAAAUGACAACAUCCACACUCCUGUUUUCUCCUGUCUAGCAGUCACACUUUUAUUUCAAGGCUUGUUUAUUUUGUUUCUCUCUAAUUAUGGCGCGUUUAAUGCAAAUUGGUGCGUAAUUAAAACAAGCCUUGAACGCAUGUAGGGGCCCGCAUUUCCAUUUUAGAGAGCCGGAUGUUUAAUCCUCUCUGCCUGCCUUAAAUUGAAACACUAACGUCUCUCCUUGCUUUAGGGAGGUUAAUGUUUUUUUUUAUUUAUUUUUAUUUUGACUCUGUCGUUUAGCGAGGAGGGGGGAAACAAAACACAAGGAAGCCGGAAGACAUUUGAUCGAGGCGUAAUUGAACGCACCGCAGUAAUUGCGUGAUAAUUACUGCUGGUUUCUCCAAAAUAACCCGCAGGAAUCUCGGGGUCUGUGAUGCGGUAAUUAGGGAGGUGGGGCCAGGUUAGGGGGUCACAUGUUAGGAGGAGACUUCAUCUCUUCUAAAGGCCGCACUGAGCUCAAAUACCUUCAUUUGCCCUGAAAAUAAUUAGACUUUUAGUCUUUGUCUAACAUUUGUUAUUAAGAAACUAAAAAGAAACAUAAAUGUGUACAUUUUUUUUUGUCACAUAAAAUUUU